AUGUUGAAAUCCACUCUCUUAUCGUUGGUCCUUGUCAUGAGCAUGGUCAACGGUGCUGCCAUUGUCAGACAAACGUCCGAUGGAACCUCUGUCGACCUCGUCACCGUUGAUGAGUCCGAACCGGCUGUAGCCACCGGAUCUGAUGCCGAUACUGCCGAAGAUGAGCCUAUCGUCGCCAGCGACACCACCCCAUCCGGAUCUGCCAGUUCGGCUAUCAGCUCUUCAGCCUCGGCUUCGGCCUCUACUUCUACUUCCAGCACCGAUUCCGCUACCUCUGCCUCUGCCUCUUCCUCUACCUCUGCCACUUCAUCUCCCUCCGGCUCCACCUCUGCUUUUGCCUCAUCCAGCAUCAGUACUUCUAUCUUCGCCUCCGCCUCUGCCUCCGCCUCCUCUUCUGCCUCUGCUUCUGCUUCUGCCUCUUCCAGCGUUACCGCCUCCCUCCCAUCCGGCUGGUCCAACAGCGGUGUAUGUAUCUCCGAAGUAUCUGGCCGAGCUCUCACCGGUGUUCACUACUCUGAUUCUACUGGUUUGACCCCUUACGCUUGCGCUGCCUACUGCUCUUCCAACGAAUACACUCUCGCAGGUCUCGAAUACGGUUCUGAGUGUUGGUGUGGAUCAAUCUUAUCUAACGGCGCUUCUCUCACCAAAACUUCUUCCUCAUGUAAAUCCAAGUGUAAAGGCGAUUCAUCUUCAAUUUGUGGAGGUAGCAAUGCCAUUUCACUCUUGGUUUCCGACUCUGCUCUCUCCACGCUCUCUUCCGAUCUCACCACUGCGCCUCUCACGCUCCCUUCCGGUUGGGCCGAAGCUUCCACCGCCUGUAUCUCCGAAGGAACCACUGGUCGAGCCCUUUCUUCGGCCACUUACUCUGACGACUCCAUGACCAUCGGAUCUUGUAUCUCUUUCUGUGAGAACAAAGGAUAUAGAUACGCGGGUCUCGAAUACGCUAGGGAAUGUUACUGUGGUAACUCUCUCUCAAACGGUGCUUCCUUCGACCGAUCUUCCUCCUCAUGCACUUUGACCUGUAAAGGUGAUGCCACUCAUACCUGUGGUGGAUCCAACGCUGUUCAAUUGUACUACAACGCCCCAGCUUUGCCUACCGGAUGGUCAUCAGCUUCUACCUCGUGUAUCGCCGAGGGAACCACUGGUCGAGCACUCGCUUCAGCAUCCUGGGCUGACGACUCUAUGACCGUCGACUUAUGUUUGGGAUACUGUGAGACCCAAGGAUUCCAAUAUGCUGGUGUUGAAUACGGUCGAGAAUGUUACUGUGGUGAUUCACUUAUCAACGGCGCAUCCCUCUCUUCCCCCUCGUCAAGCUGUAACAAACUUUGUGGAGGAGACAGUACCUCAACUUGUGGUGGACCCAACGCCCUUCAACUCUACACCAACCCAACUCUCGCCUUGAACCUCCAGGUCACCAACGGAUACUCGUACCAAGGGUGUAUCCAAGAAGUUUCAGGACGAGCAUUGACCGGUGACUCCAUCGUGUCUGAGAACAUGUCAAUCGAGACUUGUACCGCUUUCUGCCAAUCUGAAGGGUUCACUUAUGCAGGAUUGGAAUACGGUGAAGAAUGUUACUGUGGAAACUCGUUCUCAAACGGUGCUGCUCUCUCUGCGUUGUCCACCCAAUGUACCAUGAAGUGCAGCGGUGCCAACAAGGAGAACUGUGGUGGACCAAAUGCCAUCGCUCUCUGGACAAGCUCUUAG